GGUGGACGCGCGACGAGCUCAUGGAGGCAACGCCUCUGCCUCUUUCCCACACGCAACUCCCUCGCGCUUCCCCGCUUCUCUCCUCACUAUACAAGCGGGUUCCCUCUCUCCACCUCUCACUCUCCUACUCUCUCACCUCCCUCCCCCUCCUCCUCCUCCUCCUCCUCUUCGACCAAAACCCUAAUCCGAUCCCCCCACCCCUCCCAUGGCCCUCUGCGGGAUCGCCUUCUACCCCGCACCCCGCUGGAUCGCGGCCCCCACUACGCCCUCGUCGCCGCGGUUCCCGAUCCCGGCGCCGGAUCCGAGGGGGCGACCGAGGGCGAGGUGCUCCUUGAGGAGGGCUCCGAAGCGCGCCGCGGCGGCGGCGGCGGAGAAGGAGGCGUCGGCGGUGGUGGCGGAGGAGGAGGAGGAGGAGGAGGCGGGGCCGGUGCUCAGGUUUAGGGCUUCGGAUUUCGCCGUCUCCGAUCACGUCAGCGUCGGGCUUCAAGGAAGGUCGGACGAGGUGAUCUUUGAGGCGACGGUUUGUGAUCCCAAGAGCCCAUUGUACAAUUCGAGGGUGGUUCUGCGGAAACUCACAAGCAUCCAAGCUAAGCGUAGAGGCCGCCGUGCUUUGCAGGUGUUAAAGAAGCUUGCUCGGCGUCAGCUCAUGUACCACUCGUAUUCCAUGCAAGUACAUGGAUACAUGUUCGAUGGCGAAUCUGGGAACGAAGGCCUGUUUACAUUGGUGCAUGGCUAUCAUGGAAGUUAUUCACUGAGGCACUGGCUUCAGCUCUCUGAUUGGCUACCAACAUUAGAAGCAACACUGGCAUUGGAUGAAGAAUAUGUUAGAAGGGUGGGGGAUGACACCAUUGGAGGGCCUGCUGUCACCCGACAGUUGCGUCUCACCAGGAUUCUGAUGAGAGAUCUUUUGAUUGGUGUCAAUUACUUGCAUAGCCAUGGACUGGCCCAUACAGAGUUGAGGCUGGAGAAUGUACAUAUAAGCCCAAUUGACAAACAUGUCAAGGUUGGAAUUCUUGGAAAUGCUGUGGAUUUCUAUGAAAACACUCCAAGUGGCAAUCUAGUAGAUGGUAACACUGACAGGAGAAAAAUGAUGAUUGCAUUUGACAUGAGAUGUGUUGGUUUCAUCAUGGCAAAAUUGAUCCUAAAGGAGCUCAUGAAUCCUUCAAUCUUCCUGAAGUUCCAGUCUUUUUUGACUAAGGGAAACGAUCCAUCAUGCUUGCGCGAGUUCCUCCUUCCAAUAUUAUGCCGAAAUUCUCCUUCUGGGAAUGCUGGUUUGCAAAUGCUGGAUAGGAACUGGGGUGCGGGUUGGAAUCUUUUGUCUUUGCUUUUGGCAACAAAGCCAUCUGAGCGGAUUAGUUGUCUGGAUGCAUUGAGGCACCCAUUUCUAUGUGGACCUAGAUGGCGUGUAAGUCCAUCGAUGGAUGUCAUUAGGUGGGGUUUAGGUUCUACUGCAGUCCGUAUGGCAGAAGAUUAUAUCUAUGGACGGCAUCAGCGUAACAGAAUUGCUCACUUCAUCGAACUAAUUGAGUUGCUGAACCCCCGUCCAAGACCAAAGAGCUGGCUUGACCUUCUGCCUGGUCGAUGGCGCCUUUUGUACAGCACCGGAAGGCACAUAGGACUAACACUUCGUGAACCUUCUCCAAGAGUCCUCAUCAGCAAUGCAUACCUAAAUUUCGUGCCAAGUCCUCAUUCGAACCACCCCGUCUUUUCUCUCUCAUCAGACAUCAGUUUUAAGGUCAUGCCGACGCCUAACUGGCCCCACGACAAGUCUGGAGCUCCCGGAUCUCUCCACGUAAAAUCUUCCGUCAGCAUAACUCCCGGGAGGCUUUAUUUCACGGAAGAAGAAGGUGAAUCGAAAGAGCUGAGUUUCCAAAAUCAUUCUAUUCGUAAGUUGCCACGCAGUAAGUGGAAGGCGACAAAAUUGAAGGAGCUUCCCUCGAGUCUACCCGCCGUAAAACUCAUCGCGGACGGUAUAGAUAUAUCGCUUAGUUACGAGUCGUCUUCAUUAAGUGUCGAUGCGGCGAAAAAUGUGCUCCAAGAGGUUAGAACACAGAUUCCACCUGAGAUGUUCGACGUGUCCAGGCUCGUGUGUGGGUCCUAUGUGGACGCGAGGAUGAUGGUUCUUCGCGGGGCGAAUGGAUCGGCUUUGCUGUUCAUCAGAUCAUGUUCUAAUAGCUAAUUGUUGUUAAGAAAAUUUGAUUCAGAGUUUUAAGUUGUUGCCCCCUUCUCUCCUCUUUCUGCAAGAAGGUUAUUGCUUCUUGCUCCUGUAAAUUGUAUAGUAGUCCGUGCCAUUUUAAAAAUUUAGUUUGUUUGGACUUC